CCAACUUCCAACUCCACAAUUACCGACACGCUCUAUAGAUUGAACGUGAAUGACGUCACCUUACAAGAGACUAAGUACAUGUCAGUAUGGGUAACUCCACUCUAUAGAAAACCAUACCGAAGACAGAUGGGUGUUACAGUGCAACAGUCGGGGGAGGGGUGGGGAAGACCGUGUAACAAUGAACCCUUUAUAAUGGAAGAUUACGUGAACGGGAAAGCCCGGAGGAGGCGGUGAGGAGUGAGUGAAUGGCGGCGCUCGACCUUGGCUGGCCGACCAAUAAUGGUGCGCGCCGAAAUCACCGCACAAAGAAGGCUACAGAUGCCACAAACUGUUCCAUCUCUCUCCUUGGGAUUCUCUUCCGUGUGCGACUACAGCGUCGCCUUCGCUGCAGAUUUCGACCUCUCAUUGUUGCCGACCUGCGACAGCGAAGUGCCCUUUUCCCCUCAGAGCCAUCAGCAGCUACUCAGCUUCUACUACGACACCACUUCGCCGCCACCCAUGUUCCAUUCCCCCUCUGAAGACGAGUUGUUCAAGAAUAAGGACGAAUACAUUCUCAAGAACAUCAAGGAAGAGCCUUUCCCCGCGACCCUUGACUUGGGUUAUCAGAGUUGGGAGUCGUCUCCGACCCAUUCUAACUACUCGUCUCCUGUGUACUGUCCUUCCCCCCAAGAGUCAUUCCAUCCGGAUCAGGUCUCCAAGAUCAAACAGGAGAUUACAAUCGACCUCGAGGAGAUUUUGCAAGAGUCCAAGUACCUGCAAGACAUCUGCUUCCCGGAACAGAGGAAGAAGGAUUCUAUAAUAAGAAACAUCCUUGAGAAGAACGAUCUCAAACAAGAGAAGAAGCCGGAUUGUGAUCAUCGACUACUGAGGGAAGUACUGAAGGACACGAGCUUCCAGCGAAAGUACAAUUUGAAACCUUUCGAUAUCGGGGAAUUGGGUACGGCCUUCAAGAGUGACGUGAAGAUGGAGACAGGAGAGGGUGGGAAGGGCGAGAAUUCUGGGGCUGCAGCGGGAGCGGCGGCGGCUGGAGCUGAGGGCGGCGUCUGCGGGGUAGACAUUGCUCAAGAGAGGAUAGAACCUAUGUUGUCUCUGGCCAUUGAGCAGCUGAAGGAGGAUCUCAAUAACACUUGCACAGUGCUCGGCAUUGCCAUGGAUCCCGUUCAGUGGUCUGUGGAGGAUGUGAAGUCUUGGCUGGUGUUCAACCUGCAGCAAUACAACUUACCUAUGUCGGUGGUCGAGUACUUCAACAUGUCGGGCAGUCAGUUAGCUCAACUCACCGAGGAGGAGUUUCACCAGAGAGCCCCACAGUGCGGCAGUCUUCUCCAUGCUCAGCUGGAGAUCUGGAAGGCUGCUUGUGUCCAGGGACCCAGUGUUGACGUAAGCGGCCUGCUGGAAACCUCCACCCAGUCUAGCAGCUCCUGCGGGGAUGCCUCUGAAGAUGACGAGGAUGAAGAUAUCGCCGACUCCCCCCACACGUCUAGCUCCUCUCCGCAGCCGAAAGGGCGAGGCGGGUCGCACAUCCAUCUGUGGCAGUUUCUGAAGGAGUUGUUGGCGAACCCCCAGGCGAAUGGCGCCUGUAUACGCUGGCUGGACAGGGGUAAUGGCGUGUUCAAGAUUGAGGACUCGGUGAGGGUGGCCCGACUCUGGGGGAAACGCAAGAACAGGCCCGCCAUGAACUACGAUAAACUGUCCCGAUCCAUCAGGCAGUACUACAAGAAGGGCAUCAUGAAGAAAACCGAGAGGUCGCAGAGGCUGGUGUACCAGUUCUGCCACCCUUACUGCCUUUAAGAAAAUCAACAUUCCUUAACAUCCCUUGUUCAAUUGGUACAUUAUCAAAAAUAUUACCAACAGAGCAGAAAAAAAUUUAAUGGAUUCUUCAGUAAAUACUAGUCGACUGGAAAAUCGAUAAAAGUUUUUUCUCCGCUGAUAAUUCCAACUUCUCGUCGCCAGUUGCAGUUAGCAAUAGUGACAGAGGGGUUUGUAUGUAGUAGUUGUAGCAAUACUAUAUUCUGCCGGAUACUGGGUGAUUUGGCCACUUGUUUCAAGUGUUGCUGUAAUCAUUUCAGUACCUGUAGAAAUCCGUGUAUGCCGAUUUGGCAAUAAUUUAUAUUUAAUAUGUUGCUGUGUACAGUUUUGUUAACAAUAUGGAAGGUAAUUUCCAGAUUGUAAGUGUUUUAUUUCAUUGUCAUGUGUUAUGUUUGCUGACUAAGUACGUCGGAGGUUGUGGUUUGGUCGAGUCGCUAGAUAUAUCUGCUAAUCUGAACUUAUAAUUAAACAUUAAAUAUAUCAAAAAUAUCCGCUAUACAUAAAUACGUAAGUUAUUUUAAAACUUACUUAUUCACCCCAAUAAAAGCUCUUUAAAUAAAUUUUAAAAACUCACACCUAAACCACAAAUUAAUAUAACUUGCUAAUCUAUGCCAUUCAACCGAUAAUACCACAACCAUGAGACGGAAAGGUCAGUGAUUUUGGUCCCAUAUAUCUAUGAUAUAUACUUAAUGUAAGUUCUAUGAACAAAUGAUAUAAUACUCUUUGUGUAUCUAUGUUUUUUUGUGCUUUGAUACUUUGUGUGUGUAUAUAUUUAUUUUAGUAGUUUUAGGAAGAGUCUUAAAUUAAUAUUUUAUGUUGUAUUUUGUUAAACUUAAUUGUGUAUUGUUACCAAAAGAAUAUUAUUAUAGUUUUAUUUAAUAGUUUCUAUGUUUUAAUAUCAUGAUAUUUUAUUUGCCAUAAUACGAACAAUAACUUUUAUUACACUCAUUAGGUGAUUUGGUCGUUAAAUAUUACUUUUAUACUCAAUAAUAUAUUUUUUAUAUGAUUUUAAUUGUUAACAUAGGUUUAAAUAUUUAACUGGAGUAGUAUUGUUUUUAACAUAAUGGAACGAAAAAUAAAAAUAUUGUCUUAUUUUUUAUUGUAUUUAGGCACAAAAAGUGUUUUCCACUAAUAGACAAGUAUUGAAUUUAUACUUUAGAAGAAAGAGCUCUCUUCUGAAAUACACAUUCAAUAUUAUGCUAUUAACUAAAAAUAAUGUUUAUUCUAAUAAAGAAGUAUAUAUUGCGUUAUAUACAGAUGUUUAGAAUGUUCUUACCAUCUGUCUAAGGGUUUUAUUUGAAAAAUAUGUUAGGAAGUUAGCUUUAUCGAUUCCUGUAAAAGCAAUAAAUUGAUGCAUAAUUAGGACAAAUGGUUCCAGCAAUUAAUCUUCGUUGCUCAAAUAUUUUGCAAUUGUAAAGGAAUAAAAAUAAAAUAUAUUUUUCCCUUA